UUAUCCUCGUUCUUUCAGCUGAAAAAAUCCUUUCCAUGUUGUCCACAACUGUGAUGAAAAGAGAAGCCCCUCUUGCCAGAGACUGAAUCUGUCUGUCAAGCAAAUACCAUUUACAGGACUUGUCAUGUCUCCCUUUCUGCGUAUUGGUUUAUCCAACUACGACAGUGGCCCUUACCUGCCAUCCCAGGGGGAGGUGAUUAACCCUUACUGUGCUGUGAUGGUUAAAGAAGCCGUGGAGUCAGAAAAUGGCCAAGUGUACGUGCAGAAGAAGCCCACCAUGUACCCACCCUGGAACAGCACUUUCGAUGCCCACAUCAACAACGGCAGGGUCAUGCACAUCGUCGUCAAGGACAAAAGUGCUGAAAUGGUUUCAGAGACCACGGUGGAACUCAAGGUGCUGGCAGAGAGGUGCAAAAAGAGCAAUGGGAAGACAGAGAUAUGGCUAGAACUGAAACCUCAAGGCCGAAUGCUGAUGAAUGCCAGAUACUUCCUGGAAAUAAGUGAUGCAAAGGACCUGGCUGACUGUGAGGCUGAAGGCUUUUUCUCCUUGCACCAGCGCAGGGGAGCCAUCAAACAGGCCAAAAUCCAUAAUGUCAAGUGUCAUGAGUUCACAGCCACCUUCUUCCCACAACCCACCUUCUGCUCUGUCUGUCACGAGUUUGUGUGGGGUCUGAAUAAACAAGGUUAUCAAUGCAGACAAUGUAAUGCUGCCAUUCAUAAGAAGUGCAUUGAUAAAGUAAUAGCCAAGUGUACAGGAUCAGCAAUCAACAGCAGAGAAACAAUGUUCCAUAAAGAGCAUCACCGCUUCAAAGUCUACAACUACAAGAGCCCAACUUUCUGUGAGCACUGCGGCACGCUCCUCUGGGGCCUUGCACGGCAAGGACUGAAGUGUGAUGCAUGUGGCAUGAACGUCCAUCACAAGUGCCAGACAAAAGUAGCAAACCUUUGUGGAGUUAACCAGAAACUAAUGGCUGAAGCUCUGGCAAUGAUAGAGAGCACCCAGCAGGCUCGCUGUCAGCGUGACACUGAACAGAUCUCCAGGGAUGGACCUCUUGAAAUUGGCUUCCCAGUUCCUGUGAAGGAGGUAACACCGCUUCAGGCAUUGCCAGCAUCUACAACAGGAAAAAAAGAGCCACAGGGCAUCUCCUGGGAGACUCCGGUGGAGGGCACAGUGAAGGGGGAGUCUCUAAUAGAGUCAGACUUGGGAGAACAGCCCCAGGAGCAGGAAGAGCACCAAGUGCAGCUAAAACUAACCAUCGAAGAUUUUGUCCUGCACAAGAUGCUGGGGAAGGGCAGUUUUGGCAAGGUGUUCCUUGCCGAGCUGAAGAGCACAGACCAGUAUUUUGCUGUGAAAGCCCUGAAGAAGGAUGUGGUGCUGAUGGAUGAUGACGUUGAAUGUACGAUGGUGGAGAAGAGAGUCCUCUCCUUAGCUUGGGAGCACCCAUUCCUGACUCAUGUCUUCUGUACGUUCCAGACCAAG